AUGGAACCCAGUUCAGCUCUUGGAAAUGAUCUAGAUCCGCAUAUUCUCGCUGAGCUUCCCGAGGUGCAAAAAGUACUUCAAAUAUCUGGCUUGGGCGUCUCCGCCUGGGCAACUAAAUCUAGGAUUUCAACGCUACUUAAAGAUGGAACAAAUCAAGACUACUAUCUAAAGACGACAGUUGGCGACUUAGGUCGAGCUGCUAUCAAUGGAGAAUUUGAGUCAAUGAAAGCCAUACAGAAAGUUAUGCCUGGUUUUAUAGCUUCACCAAUCGCCCAAGGAUCAAUGAAGAAUGAGCCAGAAUGUCACUUCUAUCUCGGCCGAUAUCUACCAAUCAUUGAUGAAUUGGUAGAGCCCAGUUCAUUCUGUGAGCAAAUUGCCAGACUGCAUAGAAGCUCUGUCUCUCCAAACAACAAAUUUGGCUUCCACACAGUGACUUUCAAUGGGGAUCUCCCACAGAAAAACGACUACUCUGAUAGUUGGGAAUCUUUCUUCGCAGAUGGGUUUCGCCAUAUGUUAGAUAUCAAUACAGCACGUGCAGGACCGAGUGAGGAGCUAGAAGCUCUGCUCCCUGCCUUUUUUGAGAAGGUCAUUCCUCGACUACUUAGACCUUUGGAGGGAAGAAUCAAGCCAAGUCUAGUUCACGGAGAUAUGUGGUAUGGAAAUGCCGGUGUCAAUACCCUCGAAGACGAAGCUGUAAUAUUUGACCCUGGAUGCUUCUAUGCCCAUAACGAAUAUGAGCUGGGUAACUGGCGACCAGAGCGUAAUAAGUUCUCGAAAGCAUAUUUCAAUGCGUAUCAUGCCCAUAUCCCGAAGGCUUCACCCGAAGAGGACUAUGAAGAUCGCAUUGCUUUGUACUCCCUGCGCUUUAAUCUGCAUGCUGCAAGUCUCUUCCCGACAGUUUUAGGAUUUCGAGAGUCACUUAUACAAGAUAUGAAGUAUUUGGUAGAGAAAUACCCUGAAGGACUGUCGUCUGAUCUCGAAGUUUGA